AUGUUCAUUUUGCCGGCAAGUCUCCUGCUGGUGGCUUGCAGUGGUGCGCUGGAGUUCUCCCUCAUCCUUGAUCAGGAUGCGCCUGGGCACAAGCAAAAUGAGGCCGCUGUCCGGGCGUUACAAAAAGGUGAUGCCGAAAGGGCGCUUCAGAAGCUUCAGAAGGCGCUGAAGCGCCACGUGACGUCUGCAGCGUUGCAGAAUUCUGUCGGUGUUACGUUAAUGUACUUGGCGAAAUCUCGCCAGACUGCAUUGAAGGACAAGCUGCAACAAGCAGCCCUUCAUGCGUUCAACCGCACUGUCUUACUUGCUGGUGGAAGCGAAGGCUUGGGGAAAGGUGGCAAAGGGAGGGCCAAGAUGCAGCCCAGAAAGGGAAGCGACCUCGAGGUUGCUCUGGCCAAUCAAGCCCUGGCGGAAAGGUACUUAGAGGCAAGCCGCCUCAACCGCCUGGGCAUUGAGCUAGACCUGCAGAAUCGCUGGGAAGAGGCAGCCGCCCUUCUGAGAGAAGCGCAGAAGGCCGCGCCGGACGACCCACUGAUCACUAGCAACCUUGGUACGGUGAUCUACAAAAAUGCAACGCACCGAUCUUCCGGCUGGAAUGAG